AUGUAUGAAGAAAAUGGUGAUGAUGACGGGUCGAUUAUUGAAGAUACGUCUGGAAUACAGGAAUCCGCUUCGUCAAAUGGUGUUGAUCAAGAAAUUGAAGUAACUUCCGAAGAACAACUUGUAACUCCAAGCGAAGAAAGUGAAGAAGAUGGUUUUGUUCAACAAACAUUAUCAGAAAUGAAGACUAAAAAGGGAUCCGAUGAUUUAGACUUGAAAGAACUUCAGAAAGAAGAACGGAAGCAUCGAAAAAUAAGAAAUGAAUUAAUACAACAGAAUAGUGACAUAUUUACAUUUGCACGAUCAUGUCCAAAUUGUAAAAAAAGCUUUAAUUCACCAUUAGUUAUCAAGAAAGUUAGACAUUUUAAAAUUUGUUGCAACUCUAAUAAUCGUUGGAUAGAUGAUGUGGUUUUAGGAAGGAUGAUUGAAGAUUUGAGGUUCAGAUUGAAACCAAUGGAAAAACAUAAACAAGAAGCAAUUGAUUAUAAUAUUGAGAUGCCAGAAGAUUUAAGAACGAACGAGAUUUAUCAUUAUUUUCCCGUAACAUCAAAUAAUAACAAAAAUGUUGCGAAUAGUAGUAAAGUAAAGAGAAAAGGAAAGAAUGGGGAAGAUUCUCAUGACCUUCCGUCGAAAGAUCAUCAAUCUUUAAAGAAAAAACCAAAAAUGAAAAAGGUUAAAGCGAAAGCUGAUGAUGCCACCAAAAAAUAA